AACCUCCUCGAACUUUUUAUUCGAAAUUAUGCUAAUGCAGCAGUUUCUCGUUCGGCUUGUGUAUCUGUUGAAGUAUGUUUUGUUAAGGAAGUGAAUUUGUAAGCCUAAUUUUUUUCUGGAAGUAUUACAUUUUCAGGGAAGUUACCUGCGGGGAAAAAUGCACCGUGCGUAUCAGCCAAUUACCCCAGCCAAUAAUAAACUGUUGAAGAAACGAUGGGAUGACAGGCGAUUCGAUCGGCACAGGCAGAAAGUUCGAAAUGCCAAGGCGGUGAUCGACAACAAACCUCCUCAGACGUACAUGCAUCUCCAUCUCAAGCUGAAGAAACUUCAGGUCGAGGAGGAACGUCUUGCAACCAUCGAGAGGGAUAAUCGUAUCCUUCUUGAGAAGAUGUGUUCCAUUAUGCGGACGAGGGGAAGGGUGGACUGCGAGAAUGAGUAUGAACAAAAGAGCCUAAAUAGGACUAAACGUCAAAGAGAAAUACUCCGCGUGACCCACGAGAAUCAGGCCAUACUGAGACGGAUUCUGUCAAAAGAGGCGAACUACAGCCAUCAAAAGUGGGAACACGAGUGGGCGGUGAGUAUGUAGGCUGGUCGGUUCAGA